AAUUACAGCGCAUCAACAAUGGCUUUUAUUAGUGCAGUCGCCGCCAUUUUUUUGUUUUACCUACACCUUUCUUAUAAAAAUGGUACUUUCCAACGGUUAUCAAUGGAAAUUCGAAUAAUUUUGCUAAAAAAAUUUUUAUUAGAUGCAGUAAUGUGUACACUGAGCAUUAUUGGUUUAAUUGUUUGUUUAACACUUGCUGGUAUAUGGAAACAAACAAUAACAAGCGAGGGACUAAAAGGUGAAAAUUUGUGGAUAACUUCUGUUUGGUGUUGGAUGACCUCGAAGUGGACGAUGAUGUCGACGAUUCAUUUACGACAUUAUUCAGCAGAUGUAAUGAAUAUUCCGCUUCUUUCUUGA